AUGGAUCACAAAGAAAAUGUACGAUUACUUAAGCCUGAUAAUAGGAUUCAAGGAAAUUAUGGAACAACCUCCCAGUCUAAAAAUGAUCAAUCUGUUACACUUACAUGGUCACAUAUUUCAGCUCAGAUCCAAGUAACCUCUGGCAAUAUCUGUAAACGAAAAACAUCAACAAAACAAUUGCUAACUGAUGUCUGUGGAAUCGCUGCUCCAGGUGAUAUGUUAGCAAUAAUGGGGUCAUCUGGAGCUGGUAAAACAACUUUGCUGAAUGUAUUGUCGGGUAGAAAACAACGAAAUAUGACGGUUGCCGGUGAUAUUCGCUUUAACGGAGUCUCAAUAAGUUCAUCAUUAGCGUCACAAUAUGCCUAUGUGGAACAGGAAGAGUUAUUUAUUGGAACACUGACAGUAAAAGAACAUCUCAUUUUUCAGGCAAUGUUAAAAAUGGAUUCCUCAAUACAAGAUGCAGAACGUCAAAAACGUGUACAACAAGUUCUUAAUGAUUUAAAUUUGAACAAAUGUCAAAAUACACUGAUUGGUGUAACAGGAAAAAUUAAAGGCAUCUCAGGUGGAGAACGAAAACGACUGAUGUUUGCAGCAGAAGCACUAACAGAUCCGCCAUUACUGUUCUGUGAUGAACCCACGAGUGGCUUAGAUAGUUUUUUGGCCAAAUCAAUCAUAGAUAUAAUGAAACAGUUUUCAUUGCAAGGCAAAACAAUAGUUACCGUUAUACAUCAACCAUCAAGUGAAAUAUUUUCGUCAUUUGAUACAUUAUGUUUGUUAGCUGAGGGCCAUUUAGCUUAUUUUGGUACUCGAGAUAAUGCAAUACCGUUUUUCUCUGCAAUGGGGCGAAACUUACCACCAAAUUACAAUCCGUGUGAUUUUUAUAUUGAACAGCUUUCAAAUAAAUUGUCGCUGAUCAGUAGUAUGUCGGGGGCAGCGAAUGAUGUCGAACAGUCAGUAAUAAAAAUUGAUCCAUCGAUAAUGCAAAUUAUACAGGCUUAUAAAGAAUCAAAUUUAAAUAAACUUGUUCAUACAUCAAUUGAACAUAUUGAUCAAAACAGUGUAUCAACGUCAUUAUCGAGAAUCAAUGGCUCGUCAGCAUCACAUAAGAAAUAUCGAGCGGGAUUUUUUCGCCAAACGAAAUGGUUAUUAUGGCGAAGUUUUCUAUCAUCAUUUCGAAAUCCCAUGCGUACAAGAGCAGCAGUAUUUCAAACAGUAUUUACAGCAAUAAUUAUGGGUGUUAUAUAUUUAAGAUUAAAAUUGAAUCAAGAAGGUAUUCAGAAUAUUAAUAGUAUUUUAUUUUUAUUAAUUACGAGUUCAAGUUUCAAUAAUAUGUUCGCCGUUAUAAACACAUUUCCUCCAGAAUUAAACUUAUUUUAUCGUGAACAUAAAAGUGGAAUGUAUCGUGUUAUUGUCUAUUAUUUUACGAAAUUUCUAACUGAUGUUCCGUACUUUAUUAUAAUGCCAUUUUUAUUCACUACUAUUUUGUAUUGGAUGUCUGGUAUCAAAGAUGAUUGGAGGGAUUAUCUCUUGCUUUGUGGUGUCAUUAUUAUAGUAGCCAAUGUUGCUGCUUCAUUUGGAACAUUAUUAUCGUCACUGGCACCCAACACCGAUACAGCUAUAGCACUUUCAGCUCCACUUCUCGUUCCACUAAUGAUCUUCUCCGGGUUUUAUUUGAAUAAUGCCUCAGUACCAAUUUAUUUCAAAUGGCUGACAUAUAUUUCUUGGUUUAAUUAUGCUAAUGAACUUAAUUUAAUAAUCCAGUGGCGAAACGUAAAAAAUAUCACGUGUAAUACUCUUGGACCUUGUUAUCAUUCCGGUGAAGAUAUACUGGCAUUUUAUAAAGUAAAAGAAGAUAAAUUUUAUUUUGACUUAUCCAUGUUAUUCGCUUUAUUUGUAGCAUUCCGAUUAAUAGCAUUUAUCAUAUUAUGGAUUAAAGCUAAACGUGCUUGA